GCUCGCGCAUUGGCCCAGGUCGGCUCUCACGUCGCAAGGCUGGCGGGUGGGCCGGACCGCGGGGAAAGGAAGGUCGGCGGGGCUGUGAGGGACCACCUCGCCCGUGCCCAGGACGCCCUGAGCGGACAGUGACGGGGCGAGCAGCCCGGCUGCGGAGCGUCACCUGGGGGUGCAGCUUGCGAGAGCACCCUGCACCCGUGCCGGCCUCAUCAGUUUCAAUGGUGCAACUCUCUUCGUCCCCUUUUGGUUACCAGUCACCUUCAGGCCGGUCAGAGGAGGGAAGAGUGGGGAAUAUGAAGUCAGCCAAGCCCCAGGUGAACCACAGUCAGCAUGGGGAAAGCCAGCGGGCCCUGAGCCCUCUGCAGUCUGCCCUGAGUUCUGCUGCAUCUCCAUCCCAGGCUUAUGAGACCUACAUCGACAACGGACUCAUAUGCCUUAAACACAAAAUUAGAAACAUCGAGAAAAAGAAGCUCAAACUGGAAGAUUACAGGGAUCGAGUGAAAAAUGGAGAGCAACUUAAUCCCGAUCAGCUGGAAGCAGUAGAGAAGUAUGAAGAAGUGCUACAUAAUUUGGAAUUUGCCAAGGAGCUUCAGAAAACCUUUUCUGGACUGAGCCAAGAUCUACUGAAAGCGCAGAAAAAGGCCCAGAGGAGGGAACACAUGCUAAAACUUGAGGCUGAGAAGAAAAAGCUUCGAACUAUACUUCAAGUUCAGUAUGUAUUACAGAACGUGACACAGGAACAUGUACAAAAAGACUUCAGAGGGGGCUUGAAUGGUGCGGUGUAUUUGCCUUCAAAAGAACUUGACUACCUCAUUAAAUUUUCAAAAUUGACCUGCCCUGAAAGAAAUGAAAGUCUGAGUGUUGAAGACCAGAUGGAGCAGUCAUCCUUGUACUUUUGGGACCUUUUGGAAGGUAGUGAGAAAGCAGUGGUAGGAACGACAUAUAAGCACAUGAAAGAUCUGCUGUCUAAACUUCUAAACUCAGGCUAUUUUGAGAGUAUCCCAGUUCCCAAAACUGCUAAGGAAAAGGAGAUGUCCUUGGAAGAAGAAAUGCUAAUACGAUCAGAAAUGAAAAAACAAUUAGUAAAGACUGAAUCUAUCAAAGAGUCAGAGACUCUUACAGAACUUGCACAGCCAGAGAUACAACCACAGGAGUUUCUUAACAGACGCUAUAUGACAGAAGUAGAUUGUUCAAACAAACAAGACAAAGAGAAGACUUGGGAAACAGAUUAUGUUAGGAAAUCAAAUCUUUCCAAAUGUUGGGAUAUGCUUAGUGAAUCCAAUGGUCAAGAGAAGAAACAGGAAUCUUUCAAGUCCUGGGAGUCUCCCAUUAAGCAGCAGGAGGUAUCGAAGUCUGCAGUUUCCUUAGAACAGAGGAAACAAGAGAUUCCAAAACUCAGGUCAACUUUGCAGGAGGAGCAAAAGCAACAGGAGAGUUCCAAACCCAAGCCACCUCCUAGCCAGUGGAAGCAGGAAACUCCUAAAUCCAAAGAGGAGCAGAAGAAGCAGGAGACACCAAAGCCUUGGCCCGCUCAACUGCAGAAAGAACAGGAUCCUUUAAAGAAGCCCACGCAGAAGUCCUGGGCCCCUGUGCAGGGUGAGCAGCAUGGCAGCAAGCCGUGGUCCACUCCCACGUGUGAGGAUCAGGAUUCCAAGCAGCCGGCCACCUCAGAGUCCUGGAGCCACAGUGCUGAGAGUCAGAAGCCCUCAGCACCACAGUCUCAGAUUUCUCCCAAGUCCUGGGGAGCGCCUGCAGCAAGCCUCAUUGCAGACGAGCAGCUGCUACCCAGGAAGCUUAACACAGAGCCCAAAGAUGUGCCUAAGCCCGUGCCUCAGCCUCUAGGCUCUUCCUCUGCCCUUCCAAAGGAUCCAGUACUGCGAAAAGAAAAACUGCAGGAUCUGAUGACCCAGAUUCAAGGAACUUGUAAUUUUAUGCAAGAAUCUGUUCUGGAUUUUGACAAACCUUCAAGUGCAAUUCCAUCAUCACAGCCGCCUUCAGCUUCUUCAGGUAGCCCAGUAGUUUCUGCAGUAUCUACAGAGCAAAAUCUGACCAGUCAAAGUGAUUUUCUUCAAGAGCCAUUACAGGCUGCUUCUUCUCCAGCUACUUGCAACUCAAAUGCUUGCUUGGUUUCUACUGAUCAAGCUUCACCAGGAUCUGAAACAGAAUUUAUAACCUCUGAGACUCCUGAGGCAGCAGUUCCCCCAAGCAAGCCACCGUCUUCACUAACUUCUCCAAAUCCUCCGAUGUCAAAGGGCUCUGAACAGGGCUUCCAGUCGCCGCCUGCAAGCAGUAGUUCAGUGACCAUGAACACAGCACCCUUUCAAGCCAUGCAGACAGUAUUUAAUGUUAAUGCACCGCUGCCUCCACCAAAAGAACAAGAAUUAAAGGAAUCCCCUUACUCGUCUGGUUACAAUCAGAGUUUUACUACAGCAAGUACACAGACACCACCCCAGUGCCAACUGCCAGCUAUACAUGUAGAACAAACUGUCUUAUCUCAAGAGACUGCUGCAAAUUAUCAUCCCGAUGGAACUAUUCAAGUAAGCAAUGGUAGCCUUGCCUUUUACCCAGCACAGACGAAUGUAUUUCCUAGACCCACUCAGCCAUUUGUCACCAGCCGGGGAUCUGUGCGAGGCUGUGCUCGUGGCGGGAGGUUACUCACCAAUUCCUAUCGGUCCCCUGGUGGUUACAAAGGUUUUGAUACUUAUAGAGGACCUCCUUCCAUUUCUAAUGGAAAUUAUAACCAACUGCAGUUCCAAGCUAGAGAAUACCCUGGAGCACCUUAUUCCCAAAGGGAUAAUUUCCAGCAGUGCUAUAAACGAGGAGGGACACCUGGGGGUCCCCGGGCAAAUUCAAGAGCAGGGUGGAGUGAUUCUUCUCAGGUGAGCAGCCCUGAAAGAGACAACGAAACCUUCAACAGUGGUGACUCUGGUCAAGGAGACUCCCGUAGCAUGACACCUGUGGAUGUGCCAGUGACAAACCCCGCAGCCACCCUACUGCCAGUACACGUCUAUCCCCUGCCUCAGCAGAUGCGAGUUGCCUUCUCAGCAGCCAGAACCUCGAACCUGGCCCCUGGAACCUUAGACCAGCCCAUCGUGUUUGAUCUUCUUCUGAACAACUUGGGAGAGACGUUUGAUCUUCAGCUUGGUAGAUUCAGUUGCCCGGUGAAUGGCACUUACGUUUUCAUUUUCCACAUGCUAAAGCUGGCAGUGAAUGUGCCGCUGUACGUCAACCUCAUGAAGAAUGAGGAGGUCUUGGUGUCAGCCUAUGCCAAUGAUGGUGCUCCAGACCAUGAAACUGCUAGCAAUCAUGCAGUUCUUCAGCUCUUCCAGGGAGACCAGAUAUGGUUACGUCUUCACAGGGGAGCAAUUUAUGGGAGCAGUUGGAAAUAUUCUACAUUUUCAGGCUAUCUUCUUUAUCAAGAUUGAAAGUCAGUGCAAAGUUGACAGUAAAAGGAUGGUGAUCAAAUUAAUGGGACUGAAGGAAAAGUAGUUCUUGACCUGGUGACUGAUGGCUUAAGAAAAUACAUUCUUUCUAGAGGAGGAGGAGGUCCUCACUUUUUUGUUUUCCUCCCCAGGUGAAAAUUUUCAAGUUGAAUGACAAUUAGCACUAAUCUGGCACUUUAUAAAUUGUGAUGUAGCCUCGCUAGUCAAGCUGUGAAUGUAUAUUGUUUGCACUUAAUCCUUUACUGUAUUGAUGUUCAGCUUACUAAACUAACUGCCUCAAGUUCAGGCAAGUUAUAAUGCCUUGUUGUGCCUCAAUAAAAAAAGUUACCUGCA